GCAGCGCGGCGGCUCCGCGGGCGCGGGGUAGCGCGGAGCGGCCAGGCUGGGCUCGCCUGGGCUCGGCACGGCUCGGCCCGGCCCGCCUGGGCUCGCCUGGGCUCGGCACGGCUCCGCCCGGCCCGGCUCGGGCCGCCUGCAUGCGGCGGCGGCGGCGGCGGGGCUGCCGGGAGGGAUGAACGGCUCCUCGGCGGGGCUCCCGGCGGGGAUGAACGGCUCGCUGGGGGUCCCGGCGGGGAUGAACGGCUCGCUGGGGGUCCCGGCGGGGAUGAACGGCUCGCUGGGGGUCCCGGCAGGGAUGAACGGCUCUCUGGGAAUGCCGGCAGCGCCGAACGGCUCCUCGGCGGCGGCGGCGGGGCUGCUGGCGGGGGCCGGGGGCGCGGCGCUGGAGCUGGAGCGGGCGCUGCGCUGCUGCACCGCCGCCUCCGUGGUGACCGACGGCAGCGGCGCGGCGGCGGACGAGCGCAGCCUGUACAUCAUGCGCGUGGUGCAGAUCGCCGUCAUGUGCGUGCUGGCCCUCACCGUGGUGUUCGGCAUCUUCUUCCUCGGCUGCAACCUCCUCAUCAAGUCCGAGGGCAUGAUCAACUUUCUGGUCAAGGAGCGCCGCCCGUCCAAGGAGGUGGAGGCGGUGGUGGUGGGGCCGUACUGACCGCAGCGCCGAGCCCGGGGCUGCCCGCAGCGCCGGCCGCCGCUCCGACCGCCGGACUGACCGCCCGCAGCCCUCCCGCCGACACGCGGGGUCGGCUCGGAGCUUUUCCUCCCGAAAAACAUCAGGCGAAUGGAUGCCGGCAUGCCGGAGGUCGGGAGAUGCUCGGGGCGGCCGGAGCCGCCCAUCCCGGCCCGUCCCGGUCCGGUCCCGCCGCCCGCGGCUGCCGAAGUAAAGCCUGCUCUGAUGGCAA